AUGGAAUAUUUUGAGUAUCACUGCUUUCCCUUCUGGAAUACAAGCUGCUCUUUUGACUUUCAUUUAAAUAAUGUCAAUGUAUUGUUUUUCUACUUACUACUAGUACUACUAAACCUACUUGUCAUCAUCUCUAUAACAGUUUUCAAGCAGCUUAAUUCACCGACCAACCUCCUCAUCCUCUCACUGGCUGUAUCUGACUUCUUGGUGGGAAUUUGUGUGAUGCCGGUUGAAAGCGUCAGGAGCAUUAACUCGUGUUUUUAUAUGGGAAAGUCGCACUGUCGUAUCUUUCAUAUAAUUAUGUCCAUUCUUGUGUCUGUGUCCCUCAUCAACAUCAUUCUUGUGGCUAUUGAUCGUUAUUUUGCUGUGUGUGAUCCACUCCUGUCCAAAAUGACAAUGAGAAAAACACUGAUCUGCAUAAGUUUAGGAUGGACUGUAUCCAUCUUUUAUAAUCUUGUAUCAGUGAAUUUUGGAAACUAUAACCUGACAGGGACAACUGUGAUCUGUUUUAGAGAAUGUGCAGUCGCUGUCAGCAACGCCUGGGGUUCAGCCGACUUGAUAGUGAGCUUCAUUGCUCCGUGUAUAGCGAUAUUAAUCCUGUCUGUAAGAAUUCUCGCAGUGGCCUUGAGACAAGUAAAAUCCAUCUCCAACUUUAAAAAGAAAAGAGUCUCUCAGAAAAAUCUAAAAUCCUCCAGGAAAUCAGAAGUGAAGGCAACAAAAACAUUGAGCACAAUUGUCUUUGUGUAUUUCAUUUGCUGGGUUCCCUGGUAUAUAGGUAUGCUUAAUAUCAAACAAUUUCAAAAGUCAUCUUUGAGCGUCUCUGCUUUACUGUGUGUAUUUUACGCUAAUUCAUGCAUUAAUCCAUUUAUAUAUGCAAUAUCUCAAAAGGUCUUCAAAAGGUCAGUGAAGCUUAUUGUUAGCCUAAAAUUACUUCAGACAGCAACUAACCAGUUUAACUUGUUUCCUGAAGACUGUUAA